CUCUAACAGGGAUGGAUGCCCAGAUGUUGUAGCCAACAACAUCUGCGAGUCCCUGUUAAAGGGAACUUCCGGGUUGGCUUCCCUCUCUUUCCACGCACCCACCCACCCCCGCCAGCAGGGGUCGCGCUUCACCCGCCUGCGCGCCCUUCCAGUCCGCACUCCUCUGUGGCGGCUACUUCCGGCGGUGCGGGUGCCGCUCCAUCCGGCCUGCGCCUUCUCUAUGUUAUUUUCCUUGCUCUGCUGCCUCGCGGCGCCCUCUGCCCUUCGGCCGCCGAAGCGAUGGCCAAGUACUUGGCGCAGAUUCUCAUGGUGGGGGUGCAGGUGGUGGGCAGGGCCUUUGCCCGGGCCCUGCGGCAGGAGUUUGCAGCCAGCCAAGCAGCAGCAGAUGCGCGAGGGCGCUCAGGGCCUCAGUCGGCAGCAGCCUCUAGCAUCUCAGGGAUCAGCCUGCAGGAGGCACAGCAGAUCCUCAACGUCGCCACGCUCAGCCCGGAUGAAAUUCAGAAGAACUAUGAGCAUUUAUUCAAGGUGAAUGACAAAUCUGUGGGCGGCUCCUUCUACCUGCAGUCCAAGCUGCACCACCAAAAUCACUGCUGAGUUGCCAACUGUCUGCCCUGCAGGUGGUGAGAGCCAAGGAGCGGCUGGACGAGGAGCUACAGACCCAGUCCCAGCACCAGAGGGAAGAAGACCCAGAGCGCAAGCCAGACACGUAGCAACUGCAGCACCUGGAUCCCCACCAGCCUCCCUUUUAAGUUAUAGCUAGCCAAUAAAUUAGCCUUUAUGUA